GAGAGAGAUUCUUCCACACAAACCAGCGAAAAAGCGAAAGCGCAUUCCUCGUGAUUCUGCUGGGUUUAAAUCCCCUGCGACGCACCUGAGCUCGACCAUUUACAAUCUCUGCGGCCGAGAGAGAGGUAGAGGGAGCUAAUUGGUUCGAAGAAUGACGUCGGAUGGGGCGACUUCAGCGGCGACGACGGCGCGGAGGAAGCCGUCGUGGCGGGAGAGGGAGAACAACCGGAGGAGAGAGCGGAGGAGGAGAGCCAUCGCGGCGAAGAUAUUCGCCGGCCUCCGAGCUCAGGGAGACUUCAAUUUGCCCAAGCACUGCGACAAUAACGAGGUCCUUAAAGCUCUCUGCCUCCAGGCCGGCUGGACCGUCGAGGACGACGGCACCACGUACCGGAAGGGUUUAAAGCCGAUUCAAACUGAUACGCCGGCCGCAUCAACCAAGAUCAGCCCGUACUCGUCGCUAAAUCCGAGUCCAAUCCCGUCCUACCAAGUCAGUCCGUCGUCUUCGUCCUAUCCCAGUCCCACCCGCUUCGAUCCUGUCGUUAAUUCAUCCAAUCCAAUUCACUAUCUCCGCUCUGCAAUCCCCCCAUCUCUUCCUCCCCUGCGAAUUUCCAACAGUGCCCCUGUAACCCCGCCGCUCUCCUCCCCGACCUCCAGACGCCCCAACCCAAUUCCUAACUGGGACACCAUUGCCAAACAGUCCAUGGCCUCCUUCGAUUACCCGUUUUACGCCGUCUCCGCUCCAGCGAGCCCGACCCGCCAACACCAUCCUCAUCCUACAGCUGCCACUAUCCCCGAGUGCGACGAGUCCGAUGCUUCCACCGUCGAUUCCGGACAAUGGGUUUGCUUCCAGAGAUUUGCUCCUUCGCUGUCAGCAAUGCCAGCCUCUCCGACCUUCAAUCUUGUGAAGCCUGCUUUCCCUCAGCAGAAUAUUCCCGCGGAUCAAAUCCCGGACGUAAAGCCGUGGAUCGGAGAGAAGAUUCACGAGGUGGGAUUGGAUGACUUGGAGCUCACGCUUGGGAAUGGUAAGGCUCGGAUUUAAUCCAAUCCCGAAUUCGGGAAUUAGUAGUGUGAGCUACUGAGUUAUGAAAGAUGAUGAGGAGAAAAGAGGUUGGUGAUCUGCCACAACCCUUUCUGGAUCAAUCUGCAUAUUUCGAACCAUACUUGUUGUUUGUAAGAUCUGAAGUUAUUUUAUUUCUUAGUUUUUCCAUUCGAAUUUGUUUGAGAUGAUUUAAUUUAGAUAUUGGUAUUGUUGUUGUGUA